AUGCCGGCGUCAGUCACCAUCGCCACGACCGUAACGAGCAACAGAAGCGACGUCAAGAAGCCAGUGCAAGGACAGGAGAAAGAGCAGGUCUCGCCACAAGAUGACUUUUUUUGGACAUACACAGAAGAGCCGCACAGGACUCGGAGACAGGCCAUCAUAAAAGCACACCCAGAAGUCCUUAAGCUCUGCGGGCCGGAGCCAUUGACCAUACCAUUGGUGUUGGCCGUCGUGGGACUGCAGAUCUACUGUGCAUACGCUUUGCGAGAUUCCCCUGUUCUUUCAUGGCAGUACCUGCUCACGGCGUAUGUGAUUGGAGCGACGGCCAACCAGAACUUGUUCCUGGCUAUACAUGAGAUCUCGCAUAACCUGGCGUUCAAGUCACCACUGGCCAACAGGCUGUUUGCGAUUAUCGCGAAUCUUCCUAUUGGCAUUCCAUACUCAGCGUCCUUCAGACCGUAUCAUCUUACGCACCACAAGUCGCUUGGUGUGGAUGGUCUGGAUACGGAUCUUCCUACCGCCUUGGAGGCAUGGUUUCUGGACUCUGUUGGCGGUAAAGCCUUCUUCUGCACGUUCCAGAUCCUCUUCUAUGCGCUGCGGCCAAUGAUGGUAUACAAGUUGCCCUUGACUGGCAUCCAUGCAUUGAACAUUGCUGGUCAAGUGCUCUUCGACUAUGUCAUCGUCACGGCUUUUGGUGGCCGGGCGUUGGGAUACUUCAUCAUGAGCUCUUUCCUCGCUGGCUCACUCCAUCCAUGCGCCGGGCACUUCAUUGCAGAGCACUACGUUUUCUCGCAACACCAACGAUCUCUGGAAGCGAAGGCUUCGCCGUCUGCCAAACUCGCUCCUCCGCCUGAGACAUACUCAUACUACGGUAUUCUCAACAUUCUGACAUAUAACGUUGGACUGCACAACGAGCAUCACGACUUUCCAGCGAUUCCAUGGACGAGAUUGUGGAAGUUGAACCAAAUCGCCAAUGAGUUCUAUCGGGACUUGCCAUGCCACUACAGCUGGGUUGGCGUGAUUUGGCAGUUCAUUAUUGACAAGGAGGUCGGGCUGUGGUGUCGAGUGAAGAGGAAAGAAGGCGGACGGAAAGUUGGAGCAGGAUCCAACGACGAGAAGGCUCACGGGCAACCUGUGUCUGUUGUAGGCUGA